UUUUGUGAUUGUCAUAUUCUGUGUCUUGGGUUGGGGCUGUGUAUAUCAUCCUUGUUAAGAUGGGUUUGGGAAUGGGUGGUACGGUGAGUUUUAUUUUAUCAAACACAUUAAGAAUUGUCAGAAAAUAUCCAUUCCAUUUAACAAAAACUAUUUGAGGAGACCUAAACAGAUAUGCUGCAACAGGUAGAUAAUAUAUCAGAUUUCUGUGAUGUAAAAAAGUGAAUAAUGCUACUUACUUGCACAUGCAAUUCAUCUGACACAUAUUCUGAUUCUUGACUCUCUGCACGUAACUAAAACUCUUGGAUGAGGAUUUCAUCAAUACCCUUUUGAAUGACAACAUCUAAUCUAACUUGAUGCACACCAUCUUUUAGAUCUCUCUCAAUAACAUAACCCUUUUCGCAGAUAUUAAUAAUUUAAAACAGGUUUUUUUUCUUUAAAUUUUAAGUCAUGAUCAAGAAAUAAAGAAAUGUGGCAGUGACAUAAGGCAGCUAUUAGCUCACUUUUAUUGCAAAGCUUAUUUAUUGAUUUCUUCCAGUAAUGAUAAAGGUUCCAUACAUGUAUGUUGACCCUGCUUCAGACAGCCCCCUACCUUGCUGCCAGUGUUGGUUGCACCUCAUGUCGCUUCCUUCAUCACUGACAUAUUUCUUGAGACAUAUUAACGGAGUGUCUUUGACCAACAAAUUGUAGAAAUUGCUUAGCCGUCUUGAUAUAAUGGGGGUAAUGGAUUUGUUAUGUUUAAAAAGUCUAUUUUUUGCAUAUGAUAGUUUCAGGGAGAUUACAGUAUAUUGUACCUUUGAAUAUUUAUCCUAUCCACAUUGUACAUUUCCACUGUCAUGUAAAUCAUGUAUUUAUCAUCAACACUGCUAGCCUUGCCAUGUUAACACAUUUCUAUUACAGGUAUAUAAGCAUCAGUUAGUUUAUGUUUCUAAUGGUAGAUCCUUAUUGCUUUUCAUAAUUGAGCUGUAAAUGUUUCCGCUCUUGUGCGUAAUUUCACAUAUUUUUCAGUUUUGCUGACUUGCCGUUUUCACUGAUCACUUUCGAAGCCAUGGCUACGAGAAUCUAAGUGAGAAUUGACUCCUGUCAGAGAUCAAUUCUGGUGUUUGUCACAGGGGGCGACAGCCAGGAGGAGUUCUACAGACAGGAGGCUCAAGCAGCUCAGAUGUACCUCCUGCGGAAGUAUGCAUCUCACCACAUCCCCACUGACACCCGACGCUUCUACAUCUGCAGCCUCCAUCAUGAGAUCAUUGUGUACAAGGGUCUUCUGAGCACAGACCAGCUGUGGAAGUACUACUACGAUCUGACAGACCCUGAUUUUGAGACCCACAUUGCCCUUAUCCACAGUCGCUUCUCCACCAACACCUUCCCCAGCUGGGAGAGGGCUCACCCUCAGAGAUACCUGGCCCAUAAUGGGGAGAUCAACACCCUGCGCGGCAACGUGAACUUGAUGAAGGCCAGGGAGGGGGUGAUGCACAGCCAGGUGUACGACGACAAGCUGAAGAUGGUCUACCCCGUGGUGGAGGAGGGCAUGUCUGACUCCGGCUGUGUCGACAACGUCCUGGAGUUUCUCUGCAUGGCUGGAGGCAGGUCUCUCCCAGAGGCUGUGAUGACCAUGGUGCCGGAGGCAUGGCAGAAUGACAAGAACAUGUCCAUGGACAAGAAGGCUUUCUACAGGUGGAGCGCCUUUGCCAUGGAGCCCUGGGACGGACCUGCUCUGCUGACCUUCACUGAUGGCCGAUAUAUUGGAGCCAUUCUUGACCGCAAUGGCCUGCGUCCAUCUCGGUUCUAUGUUACCAAAGACAACUUCAUGUACAUGUCCAGUGAGGUGGGCGUCACUAACAGACUUCCUAGUGAGAUCAUUCAGAAGGGUCGGCUGAAGCCGGGACGUAUGUUGCUGGUGGACACAAAGGAGAAAGUCUUCAUGAAGGACGAAGUUCUCAAGUCACAGAUUUGCUCCAUCAGACCAGUGGGCAAGUGGUUGUCUGAGACUAUAUCCAUGGCCGAGCUGCAGAGGUCUCACAACUCAGGCAGCCUUGAACCCCCAGAGGUUGUGCGCCAUGACUUGGGCCGCGGGAGUUGUGUGGAGGAGGAUUCUCGACUGCCCAUGUUCGGCUACACCAUCGAGGCCCUCAACAUGCUGGUCUUGCCCAUGAUCAGGGACAAGAAAGAAGCUCUUGGUUCUAUGGGAAAUGAUACUCCACUGGCCUGUCUGUCUCGCUUCAACCCCCUCGUGUUCGAGUACUUCAAGCAGCUGUUUGCCCAGGUCACCAACCCUCCCAUCGACCCCUUCAGGGAGAAGAUCGUCAUGUCACUGGCAUGCCCUGUGGGUCCAGAGGCGAACAUCCUGGAACCGAGCGCGGAGCAGUGUCAGCGUCUGUGGCUGGAGCAACCCAUCCUCUCACUGUGGGACAUGGAGGUGCUGAAGAACUGCAACCACAAGGGAUGGAAGACCAAGUUGAUCGACAUGGUGUUCCCACUUGAGGCCGGCCCGGACGGCCUCCUACCAGCCCUCAAUUCUGUGUGUGAGCAGGCCGCUGCAGCAGCAGAAGACGACUACAAGCUCAUUGUGUUAUCUGACAGGAAGGCCGAUAAGGACUUUGUUCCUAUCAGUUCCCUGCUGGCAGUGGGGGCAGUCCAUCACUACUUGAUAGACCGCAAACUCAGAAUGAAGGUCGGACUUAUUGUUGAAACAGGGGAAGCAAGAGAGGUGCACCACCUGUGUACACUGCUUGGCUAUGGUGUGGACGCCAUCUGCCCCUACCUGGUGUUUGAGACAGUGCGACGCCUGAGGGAACAAGGUAUCCUGAACCCCCCUCUGGCUGACGAGGAGAUCUACAUGAACUUCCGGGCUGCGUGUGCUCGCGGCAUCUCCAAGGUCAUGGCCAAGAUGGGUAUCUCCACCCUGCACAGCUACAAGGGGGCCCAGAUCUUUGAGGCAGUUGGUCUGGACAAAGAGGUCGUUGACCGCUGCUUCGAGGGAACAGCCUCAAGGAUUGGGGGUGCCAACUUCAAGGUUCUGGCUACAGAGCUGUUGAACCGUCACUCUUUUGCCUACAAGUCUCGAGAAUGUGACAACAUCAUUGUGGCUGAUCCUGGCUUCUACCACUGGCGAGACGGGGGGGAGAAACACAUGAACGACCCUCUGACCAUCGGCAAUCUACAGGAGGCUGUCAAGACCAAUAGUAAGGAUGCCUACUCUCGCUUUGUGGAAUCUUCCAUGAAGUCGUCCCAGCAGUGUGCCCUGCGUGGUCAGAUGGACUUCGUCUUCUCUGACCACCCACUGGACAUUGCUGAAGUUGAAGAGGCAAAGUUCAUUGUCCGGAGAUUCUGCACAGGGGCCAUGAGUUUUGGCAGCAUCUCCUAUGAGGCCCACACCACGCUGGCAAUGGCCAUGAACAGAGUGGGAGCCAAGUCCAACACUGGGGAGGGAGGGGAGAACCCAGAGAGGUACCUCAACGAGGACCCACAGUUCAACACCAAGUCCAAGAUCAAACAGGUUGCAUCAGGGAGGUUUGGCGUGACCAGUUCCUACCUCUCUCACGCAGAUGAGCUUCAGAUCAAGAUGGCGCAGGGAGCCAAACCAGGCGAGGGAGGAGAGUUGCCUGGAUACAAGGUGACAAAAGACAUUGCACGCACACGUCACUCUAUCCCUGGGGUGGGUCUCAUCAGCCCUCCCCCUCACCACGACAUCUACUCCAUCGAGGAUCUGGCAGAGUUGAUCCAUGACCUGAAGGCUGCCAAUCCAGAUGCCCGGAUCAGUGUCAAGCUGGUGUCUGAGAUGGGAGUUGGUAUUGUUGCCUCAGGUGUUGCCAAGGGCAAAGCGGAGCAUAUCACAAUAUCUGGACAUGAUGGUGGCACUGGCGCUAGUAGCUGGACCGGUAUCAAGAAUGCUGGGUUGCCUUGGGAACUUGGGAUCUCAGAGACUCACCAGACUCUGGUCCUCAACGACCUCAGGUCUAGAGUCGUGCUACAGGCAGAUGGACAGAUUAGAUCAGGAAGGGAUGUCCUGAUCGCUGCCAUGUUAGGAGCAGACGAGUUCGGUUUCAGUACAGCUCCACUCAUAGCACUCGGCUGCACCAUGAUGAGGAAGUGCCACCUUAACACCUGCCCUGUUGGCAUAGCAACACAGGACCCUGUGUUGAGGGCCAAGUUUGCUGGGAAGCCGGAGUACGUAGUCAACUUUCUGUUCCUGUUGGCGGAGGAGGUGCGUGAGUUGAUGGCCAAGAUUGGUGUGAGGUCCAUCCAGGAGUUGAUCGGACGCACGGACAAGCUCAAGUUCAGUCCAGACCCAGAGAACCCAAAGGCUCAGCUUCUGGACUUCUCCAAGAUCCUGAAGAACGCGCUGGAAAUCCGGCCUGGCGUCAGCAUCCAGGGGGGAACUGUCAAACAGCUGUUUGGCUUUGAGAAGAGACUGGACAACUUUCUUAUAGCAAAGGCAGCUGAUGUGUUCGAAGGUCGCACGAAGCAGGUUGUCAUUGAACUGAAGGUCACUAACGAAGACCGAGCAUUUGCUUCAACCCUCAGCUACCACAUCUCAAGACGGUUUGUUGAGGUGGGCCUACCCGACAACAGCAUUGUGCUGAGACUGACUGGGUCUGGAGGUCAGAGCUUCUGUGCCUUCAUGGCUAAGGGAGUCCAUGUUACACUGGAGGGAGAUGCCAACGAUUAUGUCUGCAAGGGUCUGUCUGGAGGCGAGCUUGUCAUCUACCCACCAAAGGAUAUGCCAGUCAGCUUCAAGUCUGAGAACAACAUCGUUGUGGGGAACGUGUGUCUGUAUGGAGCCACGUCAGGCAAAGCCUUCUUCCGGGGCCAGGCAGCUGAGAGGUUCUGUGUGAGGAACUCAGGGGCUAUUGCUGUCUGUGAGGGUUGCGGAGACCAUGGCUGUGAGUACAUGACGGGAGGUCGUGUCAUUGUCUUGGGUCUCACAGGCCGAAACUUUGCUGCUGGAAUGUCAGGUGGCAUUGCCUACUGCUAUGACAAAAUCAAGAAGUUUGACCAGCUGUGUAAUCAGGAGUCUGUAGCUCUGGAAUCUCUCUCAUCUGCGGAUGCAACAUUUUUGGAUGAGACUCUCCGAGAAUUUGUCGACAAGACUGGAUCUGAAUUGGCCAAGAACAUCCUUGACAACUGGAGUGAAGAAAAACAACACUUUGUAAAGGUAUUCCCCCACGAGUACAAACGAGCUAUGAAAGAACAGGAACAAGAACAGACUGAGAUGAGGAGACAGGAGAGGCCCAUCAUCAACGGGAACAUCGAGGAGGACCAGAGGUCAGAAGACACGACCGACUUGCAGGUAGUGAGAAGUGAGAAAGUUGUGGACAUUGAGUCUGCUAUUCCUGACUCCACCAUGGACCAGAAGAACCUGGAGCGUGUCCUGGACAAGACUCGGGGCUUCGUCAAGUACAAGCGGGCCACGUAUCAGUAUAGAGAUGCCACCAAGAGAUUCCAGGAUUGGGGGGAGAUCUUUGACCACAAGCAGGUCAAGGAUGGACUCCGAAUGCAGGCAGCCAGGUGCAUGGACUGCGGUGUCCCCUUCUGCCAGUCUGACCACGGCUGUCCCCUCAGUAACAUCAUCCCCAAGUGGAACAAUCUCGUCUUCCAGAACAAGUGGAAACAGGCCCUGGAUCAGCUUCUACAGACAAACAACUUUCCUGAGUUCACCGGCCGAGUGUGCCCAGCACCAUGCGAGGGUGCCUGUGUGCUUGGCAUCAACAUGCCAGCUGUGACAAUCAAGAACAUUGAGAAUGCCAUCAUCGACCACGGGUUUGAGCAGGGAUGGAUCAAACCAGAGCCUCCCGCACAACGGACAGGGAAGAAGAUCACUAUCGCUGGCAGUGGCCCUGCUGGACUCGCUGCUGCAUCCCAACUCAAUAAGGCGGGGCACACUGUUACGGUGUACGAGCGGAAUAACCGUGUUGGGGGGCUGCUGCGGUACGGAAUCCCCACGAUGAAACUGUCAAAAGAGGUUGUCCAGCGUCGUGUGGACCUGAUGGCUGCUGAAGGUGUGACCUUUGUAACAGACACAGAGAUUGGGAAGGAAGUGUCUGCUGCUAAGCUAAUGGAGGAGAAUGAUGCUGUACUGCUUUGUCUUGGGGCCACAUGGCCCCGAGAUCUGCCCAUUCCAGGCCGUGAUCUGGAAGGCAUCCACUACGCCAUGAACUUCCUGGAGACCUGGCAGCAGAAACAGCAAGGGACCCAACUCAACAAACCAGCCCUCAAUGCCAAGGGCAAGGACGUCAUCGUCAUUGGUGGCGGAGACACUGGCAACGACUGCAUCGGAACAUCCUUGAGACAGGGGGCCAAGAGUGUUAUAUCAUUUGAGAUCCUGCCAGUACCACCCCCGUCCCGAGCAGAGAGCAACCCCUGGCCUACGUGGCCCAAGAUCUUCCGGGUUGACUAUGGUCACGAAGAGGUGAAGGUCAAGUUUGGGAGCGACCCACGCAUCUACAAUAUCAAGAGCACUGGCUUCAUCGAUGACGGCAAUGGUCACGUGAAAGGCAUCAACACUGUCCUGGUGGAGUGGAAGAAGGAUGAUGCUGGGCGCUGGCAGAUGGCUGACGUUCCUGACUCUGAGAAGGUGUACAAAUGUGACAUGGUGAUGCUAGCUAUGGGUUUCCUUGGACCAGAGAGGAAGAUUGUGGAUGAGCUGUCAGUGAAGCUGGACCCUCGCGGCAAUGUGAACACGCCACGGAACAAGUACUCCACCAGCAUCCCCAACCUCUACGCUGCUGGAGAUUGUCGUCGAGGUCAGUCCCUGGUGGUGUGGGCUAUCGCAGAAGGUCGUCAGGCAGCCCGACAGAUUGAUGCUGAUCUCAUGGGGCAGACCAGCCUUGCCGGGCCAGGGGGUAUUGUCCAUUCCAACUGAUGUUCAGGGAAUGAUAUGUUGAGUGGACUGAGGGGAGGGAACAGGUUACCUGUAGAGUGGUGGAGAGGGAGAGGUGAAGUUCAAGGUGAUAUUGAUGACCUCAGGUCAGUGACCUUGAUGACACUGUUCAGGCAUUCCUAAUAUCCCGGCAUCAAAGAUGGAAAACAGACCUUCCAACGACCAAUGAAUAAAGCGUUUGUAUUAAUAAAUAAUGUAUGGCAUUAAACAGGCUUUCAAAGAACGGUGAUUUCAAAGAUUGCAAUACCAUCAUGAAAAAUAAGAUCUUUCUGACUU